AUGUCCGUCGCGCAUGGAAUACGAAGACUUGGUGUCCUUGGGGCGGGUCAAAUGGGUCUUGGAAUAACGUACGUCUCGGCACUGCACGCACGAGUACCUGUCUUGCUAUAUGACCGAUCUACAUCGCAAAUCCAAAACGGUCUCAACCUAAUGGAUAAGCUGCUCGCGAAGGACGUCAGCAAAGGGAGGCUCACCCCAGAGCAAGCAAAGGAGGCCCGUGACAGAGUCACCGUUGUUGGUCAAGAAAAAGGAUUGAAGGGCAUGAGAGAUGCUGACAUGGUCAUCGAGGCUGUGUCUGAGAGCCUUCAAUUGAAGCAAUCGAUAUUCCGCGAUUUAUCGGCGGAGGUAUCUCCUAGCGUCAUCCUGGCAUCCAACACGUCCUCGAUUAGCGUCACGAAGAUUGCUGCCUCCACUAUUCCUGAAGGUAGCUCCGCCGCAGAUGAAGCAGGAAAGAAGAGUGCAUCGCGUGUCGUCGGCUUGCACUUCUUCAAUCCCGUUCCUGUUAUGAAACUGGUGGAGCUUAUAUCGGCGCUCCAGACAUCGCCGGAGACUCUUGACCGAGCACGCGCCUUCGCCAUUGCGUGCGGUAAAGAGGUCACGACAUCACAGGACGUCCCCGGCUUCGUGUCCAACGCACUUCUUAUGCCAUUCAUCAAUGAGGCGAUUAUGUGUCUCGAAAAGGGCACUGCCACUCGCGAUGACAUUGACAAGACGCUCAAGCUGGGUAUGAACCAUCCCAUGGGUCCGUUGCAGCUAGGUGUCAUUGGACUCGACACCUGCCUUGCGAUCCAACAGACGCUCUACGUUGGCACCGCAGACUCCAAGUAUCGGCCGAGCAUACUUCUAGAGCGCAUGGUGGAUGCAGGCUGGUAUGGGAAGAAGAGUGGCAAGGGCUUUUAUGAAUACCCACAGUGA